AUGGGCAUGUCGGUCGCCCUCACACUCAUCUCAGGCUUCAGCACCGGCCUGGGUGGCCUCAUCGCCGCCUUCCUCGCAUCGCCGGGUGAGGAGCUGGUGGGGCAGAUGGAAGCCUUCUCGGGCGGGGUCAUGCUCUUCCUCUCCCUGUUCGACCUUGUGCCCGAGGCCGCCCACGUACUGGGCCUCCCCGCCACCCUCGUGGGCGUCUCCUGCGGUGCGGUCCUCUUCUGGGCCAUCGCGCGGCUCGUCCCUGACCCCAGCCAGCCCUUCUCCAACGCCCUGGCCGGCUACCUAGGCGCCCAACACUCCACACUCCCCCCCUCCACCGCCACCACCACUCCAUCAUCACCACCACCUGCGAGCUCUCGCACGGCCUCAUCGUCAUCCCCUUCAUCAUCGGCGCUUCGGCGGUCGCUCGUGCGACGGACCAGCAGCGAACGCGAUGACGCCGGAUGCGAUCCGGAGACCGGACUCUCUCUCGGCGCCAUGGAGGCGAUGUCGGCGGGCGGCAGUGCUGCUGCGAGUGCGGCGACGGCUGCUGGUGGAGAGAGCGGGGAGAAGCAGGAGCGACGGAUGGUGUUCUUCCGGAUGGCGUUCAUCACGGCCCUGGGCAUCAGCAUCCACAACUUCCCCGAGGGCGUGGCCCUCUACCUCUCCACUAUGAAGGGCCUGAGCUUCGGCGUGGGGCUGGCAUUGACGAUCUCGCUGCACAACAUCCCCGAGGGACUGGCCGUGGCGGUGCCGAUUGCCUACACCACGCGAAGCAGGUUUUGGACCAUCGCCAUCCCGUUCCUCACCGGCAUGUUCGAGCCGCUGGGCGCGAUCGUGGCCGGCCUCUUCCUUCACCCCUUCAUCACAGAAGAAAGGCUGCAUUUCCUGCUGGCGAUGGUGGCGGGGAUCAUGUCGUUCAUCUCGCUCAACGAACUCGUGCCUGUGGCGGUGAAGCACUGCGGCGCCUACCCGGCCGCCCUCGCCACCGGCGCCGGCAUGUUCUUCUGCAAGCUCUUCCUCUUCGCCGCCGCCAUGCUCCCAACCCUUUAA